AUGGCGGAUGUGGAGAUGAAAGAAGCUUCUGCUGGUACUUCGGCCAAGGGAAAGGGAGUAUCUAAGGCUUCCGAAGGUGCGAGUGAUGGCAAAAAGAAGUUCGAAGUCAAGAAAUGGAAUGCGGUGGCCCUUUGGGCGUGGGAUAUCGUUGUCGAUAAUUGUGCCAUUUGCCGGAAUCAUAUCAUGGACUUGUGUAUCGAGUGUCAAGCAAACCAAGGCUCAUCUACGACCGAGGAGUGUACAGUUGCCUGGGGGAUUUGCAACCACGCGUUUCAUUUCCACUGCAUAUCCCGUUGGCUGAAAACUCGCCAGGUCUGUCCCUUGGAUAACCGAGACUGGGAAUUUCAGAAGUAUGGUCGGUAA